AUGGGUUGACGUGCAAAUGAAUGAGUAAAAAGAAAAUCCAGGAUUUAAGGAAACAUCGAGAGGAGACUGUAAAUGCGUUACUCAUAUGAACUAUAUUCUAAAGAACGAAGAAUUAAAGUGUCUUUGAAGAAUUUUAACGAGAUCUUCAACUGUAAGGAGAAAAUACGCAAUAAUAAACACUUUUCUGUGAAAACAAUUUUGAAGUAUACGUUACCUGGAAUGUUUUUGAAUAUAUAUAUUCCAUGAAGGCCCAGACACCGGGAUUAUUACUCGAUAUAUUAUUACUCGAUAGCCAUAACUUUAACGGACUUUAAAAUUCCACCAUGGCUUCUUGCAGACGAUCACGUUCGUUAUGCGAUACCUUAAUGCUUCUGACAAAGAUGACACUAUUUUUGCUCGUGUGUGCAACAAUUACUGAAGGACAAACUACAUUGACAACAAUUAUGACAGCCAAUGCCACUACAACAUAUAAGACCCCGACAACAACCAGGGUCCGCACAACAGUCAAAGCCGCAACAACCAAGGCCGCAACAACAAUCAAGGCCCAAACAGCAACUACGGUUCCUACAACAAUAAAGGCGCUUACAACAACAAAAGCCCCUACAACAGUUAAGGCCUCUACAACACCUAAAGCCCCUACCACAACCAAGGCUCCUACGACUACUGAUGCGCCAACGACAACUCCCAAACCAAGUUCAACUCUCAAACCAACCUCAACUCCAAAACCAACCACAACUUCUAAACCAACAGCGGCUCCUAAACCAACCACAACUCCUAAACCAACCACAACUCCAAAACCAACCACAACUCUUAAACCAACCACAACUCCCAAACCAACCACAACUCUUAAACCAACCACAACUCCAAAACCAACCACAACUCCAAAAUCGACCACAUCUCCCAAACCAACCACAACUCCAAAACCAACCACAACUCCCAAACCAACCACAACUCUUAAACCAACCACAACUCCCAAACCGACCACAGCUCCCAAACCAAUCACAACUCCAAAACCAACCACAACUCCCAAACCAACCACAACUCUUAAACCAACCACAACUCCAAAACCAACCACAACUCCAAAAUCGACCACAUCUCCCAAACCAACCACAACUCCAAAACCAACCACAACUCCCAAACCAACCACAACUCUUAAACCAACCACAACUCCCAAACCGACCACAGCUCCCAAACCAAUCACAACUCCAAAACCAACCACAACUCCCAAACCAACCACAACUCCUAAACCAACCACAACUCCUAAACCAACCACAACUCCAAAACCAACCACAACUCCAAAACCAACCACAACUCCUAAACCAACCACAACUCCCAAACCAACCACAACUCUUAAACCAACCACAACUCCCAAACCAACCACAACUCUAAAACCAACUACAACUCCAAAACCAACCACAACUCCCAAACCAACCACAACUCCCAAACCAACCACAACUCCAAAAUCGACCACAUCUCCCAAACCAACCACAACUCUAAAACCAACCACAACUCUUAAACCAACCACAACUCCCAAACCAACCACAACUCCCAAACCAACCACAACUCCCAAACCGACCACAUCUCCCAAACCAACCACCACCCCCACAACUCCUAAACCAACCACAACUCCCAAACCAACCACAACUCUUAAACCAACCACAACUCUUAAACCAACCACAACUCCCAAACCAACCACAACUCUUAAACCAACCACAACUCCCAAACCAACCACAACUCUAAAACCAACCACAACUCCAAAACCAACCACAACUCCAAAAUCGACCACAUCUCCCAAACCAACCACAACUCUAAAACCAACCACAACUCCCCAACCAACCACAACUCCUAAACCAACCACGACUCCAAAACCAACCACAACUAUCAAACCAACCAUAACUACAGCAACAAAUAUUCCUACAACAACUAAGGGCCCUACGUCAACUGUUUUAACAACACUUUUAAGUGUAUCAACUGUAAGAAAUCCGUCUACUUCGCAAACAACUACUACAACAGUUGAAUCGAACACAUCUGGAUAUUUAAAUCAAGUUAGACUAGAAACUUGGUCUAUAAUACUCAUUGCCAUAGGCGCUUUCAUUCUCGUUGUUUUCAUAGCAAUAAUUGCGUACAUGUUAUUAUACCGAAAAGCUAAACGUUAUGCCGUGCAUCUUGUGGACGAUGAUAACAAGAUUGCAAUGAAAGAAACUCCAAACGUGGGAGAAUCUUAUCCAACUUAUAAACAUAACAAAGAUAAUUAUGGAUACGUAUGAUUAUUUGCUAUACAAAAUGGAAACGUAAAUGCCUUGCCCAAGUCGGUAUUUUAUUCUAUUUAUCUUUAUCAUCAAUUAUACCGCCUGUGAAGUAAAACUAAAAAAAAGAUAAACAAAAAUACACCAACUUGUAAGCAAGGCCAAUGCUAAAGGAGAAACGAGAAACAACCAAGAGACCAUUAUAAUCGAUAAAUUUUGAAACUUGUAAAUAAAACAUGAUGUUGAUCAAAUAUGAUGUCCCAUAUGCAUAAUACUAUAUCACUGUACAUUAUUGAAUUAU